AUGUCCAAACAAACCGCCGCAGGUCAGCCAUCAGACACUGCAUUCCGCAAAACAUGGGAUCGUGAAGAAUACGCCAAAAAGGCCGCCGAUGAGGAAGCCAAGCGCAAAGCCGAAGGCAAAGCCCGCUAUGAAGCCAAACUACUUGGCAAGAAAUACCAUGCCCCCGUGGACUAUGGCUCCCUAUCCGCAACGUCCGCUCGACAAGAGCGUCUCAAAGUCGAUGCGAUGGUCGGCAAAACAACGAUCGUCCCUGCGGGCUCCGCACUCGGCAAGCGCGGUCGCGGAGCUGGGUUCUACUGUGAGGACUGCGAUCUCACGUUCAAAGAUAAUAUCCAGCUGGUGGAGCAUUUCAAUAGCAAGCAGCAUUUGAUUGCGACUGGGCAGAGUGGCGAGGUCGCACGGGCGAGUGUGGAGGAUGUGCGGAUGAGGCUUCGGAUGCUAGCGCACCAAAAGCGCGUGCGUGAGGAAGAGGAGCGGAGAGCCUGGCAACUGGAUCUGGGCGAGAGGUUACGUGAGCGUGAGGAAGUUGAGGCAAAGGAGAGAGAGGAAAGGAGGCGCAAGCGCAAUGAGAAGCGUCGCAAAGGCGGCAAUGGGGUCAAGGAGGAGGACAGCUGGGAGGGACGGUUGGGGAUCAUUGCCUGA